AACAAGCAUCUUUAUUGUUUUGACUUGUUUUUGUUAAAUAAAUAGGAGAAAAAUGCAUCCGGGUCAAAUCGAAGUUAACGAAAUUACUGGAUACUGGACGUUCCUCAUGAGCAUUGAGUGGAGGGAUCCAUUUUUGAUUGCUCUCAUUCUGAUGCACCUGCUGACAACAGUAACGGCGCUACUGACACGAAACAACACAAACUUCCAGAUAUUUUUAUUUUUUGUUCUAUUGUGUGCAGUUUACUUUUCGGAAAAUAUUAACGAAUAUGCCGCGCAUAAUUGGAGCGCUUUUACCAAACAACAAUAUUUUGAUAGCAACGGCUUGUUUAUCUCUACAGUGUUCAGCAUUCCUCUGCUGCUCAACUGCAUGCUGCUGAUUGGUGCAUGGCUGUACAAUUCAACUCAACUUAUGUCAUCGUUAAAAAUUGCACAACUUAAGGAACGAUCUCGUCGAGAACGCGAGUGCAAUGCGGCAGCAACAGCUCCACAAACUCAAUUUACAUCCACAACAAAGUCCUUUAAGUCUGAUUAGAUUAGGAAUUUGUUAACACUUAAUGAUUCGAGUAGCCAUAAAAUGUUAAUUUCGUCAGCUCCAAAUGAAUGGCGUAUUGUUCAAUAAACUUAUAUUUACAUACAUUGUUCAUAUACAAA